CGCAGCUCAGAUCAAGUGAACUCGGACUUUACCGCUGCGAACAUCACACGGAGCGGAGACGCUGGAGUUUGUUGCGGCUACGCCACGGAUUUUAUCAAUGAACUCAGCUCGUUUGGUCUCAGAGAAUAAGGAGCAGUUUGUUUCACACAUCCGAUCACUGGGAACGUCAAAGAAAGUUUACAUUCUCGUCAGUUUUCUGUGUCCAAGGGAAAAGGUGAGACUUUCUGACUUGUUUGAAUGAGGAAAAGAUAGUAUUGGAGCGGGACUUGCUUUGAACUCGCGUUUGCAGCAUGAGUGGCAAAAGUUGCAGAGCGUAACCAGUUCGUCCAGCCCGACGGGGAGUUGCACGCAGGUAACCAGCACUUCCAAAGCCACGCUGCCGUGGCUCUGUACAACAUGGCCGGUGUCAGCAACAUGAAAACCCUGGAGGACCUGACUCUGGACUCGGGCUACGGCGCAGGGGACUCCUGUAAGUCCCUCAGCCUGUCCUCCUCCAAGUCCAACUCCCAAGCCUUCAUGACGGCCCCGCACCGGGGCAACUGGUGGUACUACUCCGGCUCCAUGAACAGCAGGAACAACAGCUGGGACACUGUCAACACGGUUCUCCCGGAGGAUCCCGAGGACAUCUUCUCCAAGUGUCCGCGGCUCCCAGAGCUGGAGGAGUUCCCCUGGACUGAGGAGGAAAUUGCAAAGAUCCUGCGCAGAGUUGCUGGAAGUUUUGCCAAGGGGGGAGUUUCUGCUGUUUUCUCCCCCGAGGCCGUAAAGAAACUGUCCGGGCUCCUUCGCAGAGCUCUGAUCCGUAUCUCCAGAGAAGCUCAGCGUCUGAGCGUCAUGCACUGCCGCUGCACGCGCUUCGAGGUGCAGAGCGCCAUCCGGCUCAUCCUGAGCUGGGCUCUGGCGGACCACUGCGUGUCCGCGACAGUCAAAGCCAUCUCCAUGUACUGCAUGAGCGCGGGGGAGCUGCUGAGGAAGGGGAAGUCUGCCCGCUGCGGGUUGACCCUCUCCGUGGGCCGCUUCUUCCGCUGGAUGGUGGACACGCGCAUCUCCGUGCGCAUCCACGAGUACGCGGCGAUCUGCAUGAGCGCGUGCAUAGAGGCUCUGGUGGAGGAGAUAGGAGCGCGUGUCCUGAUGGCCGAGAGGGGGCACGCGGGUCCGGAUGCUGUGUCAGCCGCGUGCCCCGUGAGCGCGGAGAGCCUGGAGGCGCUCGUGAACAAUGACGCAGAGCUGUGGGGGGUCCUGCAGCACCACGAGCACCUGAUCUGCGGCAAGAACGCCAGCGGUGUUUUAUCCCUGCCAGCCCACUUCAGCCCCUACACGGAGAACCAGAACCAGGCGUGUGUGGACAGCAGGGAGGACGCCUAUGCCCAGCUCGAGCUCCGGACCCUGGAACAGUCCCUCCUGGCGACGUGUGUGGGCAGCAUCUCCGAACUGAGUGAUUUGGUUUCCAGGGCGAUGCACCACAUGCAGAGGCUGAGCUCGGUCCGUGCGGGGCAGAGUCCGUCUCGUCACGCACGCCCUCAGCAGCCCGUGUCCUGGUCCCCGGACGCCCUCCACACCCUCUACUACUUCCUGCGCUGUCCACAGAUGGAGUCCAUGGAGAAUCCCAACUUGGACCCUCCACGCAUGGCACUGAGCAAAGAGAGGCCGUUCCUCUUGCUGCCCCCUCUGAUGGAGUGGAUUCGAGUGGCCAUUGUUCACGCGGAGCACAGGAAAAGCCUGUUGGUGGACAGUGAUGAUGUGAGGCAGACUGCCAGACUGCUGCUGCCUGGGCUGGACUGUGAGCCAAGACAACUGAAGCCUGAGUGUUGCUUCAGCUCCUUCAAGCGUCUGGAUUCAAAAGCAGCCACGGAUAAGUUUCACCUGGAUCUUGGUUUCCGGAUGCUGAACUGUGGGAGGACGGAUCUGAUCGGUCACGCUAUCAAUCUGCUCGGGCCUGAUGGAGUUAACAGCAUGGACGACCAGGGGAUGACUCCUUUGAUGUACGCGUGUGCUGCUGGAGACGAAGCUCUGGUGCAGAUGUUGCUUGAUGCUGGAGCGAAUCCUGACAUCCCUGUUCCUCCAUGUUCACAGAAGCACCCCUCUGUGCACCCGGACAGCAGACACUGGGCGGCCCUCACAUUCGCAGUGCUCCAUGGCCAUAUCUCCGUAGUGCAGCUUUUGUUAGACGCCGGGGCCAAUGUGGAGGGGGCUGCGGUGAGGAAUGGACAAGAGAACAUGGCCGAGACUCCACUACAGUUAGCUUCAGCAGCAGGAAACUACGAGAUGGUGAGCCUACUUCUUGCCCGAGGAGCCGAUCCUUUGUCAAAGACUCGCGAUGGAAACGCACUGACGUCGUCUUUGUUUGAAGACAUGAACUGCUUCAGUCACGCGGCCGCACACGGACACAGGAACGUGUUGAGGAAGCUCCUGACUCAGCCUCAGCAGGUCAAAGAGGACGUCCUGUCUCUGGAGGAGAUUCUGGCAGAGGGGGUAGAGGAAGUUGGCUUGUGCCCUUUUCUGCCCCUGUCGCCCCUGCAGACCCCCUCCUCUGCCCCAGGCCCACUGCCCCAGGGAGGCGUCCCCAAGCUCUGCAAGGCCAGAAUGAAGGCGCUACAAGAGGCCAGCUACUACAGCGCUGAGCACGGAUACCUGGAUGUCACCAUGGAGCUGCGCGCUAUGGGUGUGCCAUGGAAACUGCAUGUGUGGCUGGAGUCUCUGCGUUGUGCCCAGCAGCAGUCGCGCGCUGGAGUCACUCUGUCCCUCCUCAGAGAAUUCACCACAAUCAAAGACGAAGAUUAUUGCGAGGAGCUGGUCACUACAGGCCUGCCGCUCAUGUUCACCAUCCUACGCUCCACCAAGAAUGAUGCGAUUAUCCAACAGUUGGCUUCUAUCUUUAGUCACUGCUAUGGCCCUGCUCCUCUCCCAUCCAUCCCUGAAAUCAAGGCAACUCUCUCCGCACAGCUAGAUCCACUUUUCCUGAACAACCCGGACAUGUCUGAUGUGACAUUUAUUGUUGAGGGGAAACCGUUUUACGGCCACAAAGUCCUCUUAAUCACAGCCUCUGAAAGAUUCAGGUCUCUGCUGGCGUCAAUGAGCUCUGAUGGAAGUCCGAGUAAGGAAAUAAAUAUCGGUGACGUCAAAUACAACACUUUCCAGAUGAUGAUGUCGUACUUAUACUGCGGAGGAGCAGAGUCGCUCAAAACCAAUGUUCCCGAUUUGCUGGAGUUGCUGGCGGCUGCUUCUCUGUUUAAGUUGGGGACGCUGCAGAGACAUUGUGAAGUGAUUUGCUCGAAGCACAUUCAUCUGGACAAUGCAGUCAGCAUUUACAAAACUGCCAAAGCCCACGGUUUGUCGGAGCUGAGUUCUUUCUGUGAGGGCUUCUUCUUACAACAGAUGCCCGCCAUGUUGGAGAGGGAGGGCUUCAAGAGUCUGCUGCUGGGACCUCGCCAGGGGAACGGCUCUUCCUCCUCUCCGGCCCACAGAUCCGACUCUCCUCUGGAAGAAAUGGAGACUACAUUAGCGCAGCGUCUUCACCUGCUUUAUGUCACCUCCAGAGUGUGAGGAGGACCUAACGCUUACUGUCUUAAAGGUGCACUGUGUAACUUUAGUGGUGGAGAGUCCGUCACCUGCUUGUUUCUACGGAGAUGUCAUUUAUCCACCUAGAAUGUUCCACAGUGUGACAUUAAACAGCUCUACCUUAUAGUUGUUAAAUUAUAGAUCAAAAAUACCUAUAAAAACAUGUAUUCUGACUGUGAGCGGGGGCGCCUCUCCACAGAUCUGACCUGUAACUGUGAAACAUUCCAAACAAAGCAAUAAUGGAUAACAUUUGACAAACCCUCCACCAGAAAAGUUACACAAUGCACAGUUAAAGUUGCACUGCGUAACUUUUCCGAGAGAGAUGGUGUUACUUUGUGUGGAUUUUUUUCACAGUAUGAUAUUAAACUUAUCUGUUUCCAUGGAGACAAGCACCAAGCCAAUUUACAGGUUGAGUUUGUGGAGAGGCGAGCUGCUUAGUGUACAGUGGAUAUUUUUCAAGGCAUUGCUUUAUUGUAAACAAAAAAAAGAAAAGAAAACAAAACGUCUAUAAUUAAAUAAUAAGCAAGUUUAAUGCCAUAUGGACAUAACUCGAUGCUGGACUUGUAUCGGAAAAGUUACACAGUGCACCUUUAAAAUAUUGCGUUAUUUCUCUGACGUGGAGCUGUUCAUAUUGCACAAAGACCACAGACUGUGUUGUAUUGAGAAGGACACUCUACGAAGGAUAAAGAGAAGUUGUUCUGAUCAGGAAGACGAAUGAACCCAGUUUGAACUGACAAAAGCAGAACGUAAAUGCAAGAAACUGUAAUGCGCUUCUGCCCCUACUGGACAAAAUGCGGACUUGCGCUGGAAGACAAGAAUAUUAGAGUAGUAGAUGUGGAAGUUGGUCUUGACUGGAGAACUGUGUAAAGAUGUAACUAAUGAAGCUAUGUGGCCAUGCUGGACUUUUGGCUGUGAUUUAAUGUACCUAAUGAAGCUUUGGGAGGACCCUGGACUGAAAAUGUAUUUAUGUAUGUCUUUAUUUCUAUUUGAUUUAGUAUUACAUUCAAAACAAAACACUUACUGAAGUGACACGGACAUUUUAUAUUUAAAGAGAGGAAAUGUGAGAAUAUUUAACUGGGGCAUCCCUUUUUAUUUUGUUUUUAUGCUAAGCUAAUUAAUAUUAUCUUUAAAAUGUUGUUAAAGAGUUGCUUUUGUGUCGUUACCAGGUUGUCCUUUGUAAAGCUUUUCAGAGAUUGUAUCCAGUUUUCUACAAUAUAACAUUUGCUGACUUUCCUUUGAUAUUGGACUACUAACUGCCAGUAAUGCUAUACAAGCCUGUAAUAAACCUGGGAAACACA